AUGAGAACUUUCACUUUUACAGCAAUCGUGCUGUUGGUGUCAGUAUGCUCAGUACUUGGUCAAAUCGAUAAUCAUUUCCAAACCAAAUACUUUAGCAUUGGUAGUGACACCACACAAUAUUCAACUGUUGUCCAGAACAACGCCGGUUACGCACUCUCAUUCGAGCGUACCACCAACAUUUUUUCAGCAAACAUCACAGCAGAGUCAGGAAGCAAAGUCGAUCCAACCAGCACUUUUGUCAAUCAAAAGGGUGACACCAUCGGUCAAUCCUCCUCGGUCUCUGUCCAAGACACUGUGUACUCCAUCACCACCAGUUACAUUUUGGCUAUCAAUUUGACUGAUAUUCAAUCUGUAUUUUUCGGUUACAAUGGUUCCUACCCAAUGUCUUCCAUUGGUUCAUUCUCAUACCAACAACCAGGUCAACCAAACCCACUCAUUUUCGCUUUGUCCCCAGGUAACAACAAGGUAUACUACUUCCAAUACAAAUCCAACGUUGUAACUGGUAAUGGUCCAAUUGACAUUGAUACUCCACAAUCAAUUGAUAUUCCAGCUCUUUCUCAAACAUGGGGAUAUGCUUUGGAUUUGGUCAAUGGUUACUUAUUUGUUGGUGAUGACUCUGGUAAGAUUUCAGUUGUCAAUUUAAAUACUACCACUGUCAUUGGAACUCAUACUCCAAAUGGUAAUAUCCAAAGAAGUGUUGGUGUAGUCGAUCCAAAUUUGCACAAUUUGUAUUUCUGCUCACAAAACUCUAGCCAAAUCUCAUUGGAUGUUUUCAACUACAACACCUCCACUGCUGCCAAGCCACUCACUGAGGUUGACAGUCACCAAAUCAACUCAUUGGUCACCUGUAGUUUUGCUGCCUACGACGAUGUUCAAGGUCAAGUUUUCGUUGUCGGUGCCGACUCUUCUUUCUUGUCGGUUUUGGGUAUUGGUCACGACGGUGGUAAUCCAGCUUCAUUCUCCUUCUCAGAGGGUGGUAUCGAAGUCGAAGCCAUCGGUGUCAUCGUCCACAAACAAACUCACGAAUUGAUGAUUUUCACUCCAACCAGAAUGUUGCAAAUCCAAUACGAAUCCAACUGUCCAAACGACUGUUUCGCUUCGAGCGGACAAGGUGUCUGCCAAAUGGGUGUCUGCCAAUGUGAUAUCAACUACAACGGUACCGACUGUGGAACCAAGAAGUGUUUGGGUGAGUUGAAUGAGUGCAGUGGUCACGGUUUCUGUUCCAACGGUUUCUGUGUCUGCGACUCUGACUACAUGACCGUCGCCAACUGUUCCAUCCAAGGUUGCAUGAAGAACUGUUCCAACCACGGUACUUGCAACUUCAACCCAUCGAACCCAUCUGCCUCCACCUGUACCUGUUACGCCGAAUACUCUGGUCAAUACUGUGACCAAUCCGCACCAGCCCCAGAGUGCAGCACCCUCGAAACCAAGUCUGUUUGUAUCGAUCACACCUACUGUGGUUGGUGUGUAUCCACCGAAGAGUGUCUCACCGGUAACCAAUACGGUCCAGUCGAAGGAUUCUGUCGUGAAUGGUUCUACGACGAAGACGUCGAGAUUGGUGUCGUCGUACUUGCCGCCAUCUUCAUCGCUUUGAUUUCCAUCCUCUUCUUAGUCGACAUGAUCACCACCAUCCCACUCGAUAUCGACCGUGCCAAGAACUACGAAGUCGAGUUCCGUACCGGUACAUAUCCAAAGGCAUCGCACGAGGAGGCUUCCGUCCUCUGGUGGCGUGACCAACGUUCCGCCAAGGCCUGGACCUUGAUGGAUCAAUUCCAAUACGUCUCACUCAUCUCACACAUGGGUGUUGUCUUCCCAUCGCGUUUCCUCAACUUCACCGAAUAUUUGGACUGGACCAAUCUUGGUAUUCCAUUCCCACAAUCGAUCCGUGACCAAAUUGCCACCCCAAUCUUUGAGAGCCGUAACUUGUAUGACCCAUCCGUCACCACUGCCCGUUCCCUCAUGACAUACGCUCAAUACAACAACAUUCUCGAGACCACCUCUACCUACCAUCUCGCCAACAUUCUCUUCUGGUUCAUUAUCUUGGCCGCCGCUUUCAUCGUCCCAUUGUUGCUCGCCUUUAUCAUCCUCAACUUCAUUGAGAGUUUGGUUCACUGGAAGGAAGUCAUCAGAAACAGAUUAAUUCACUGCACCAUCCGUAUCCUCCAAUUCUCCUACAUUGGUGUCAUCUCCGCCGCCGCCUUCUCGAUUGUCGCCAAGCCAUUGGCCGCCAAGACCAUCGUUCCAGGUGCCAUCUUGAUUGCCCUCUACGGUAUUGGUUUCCCAAUUGCCAUUUGGUUCCUCCUCAAGGUUCCAGAGUCACGUCUCCACAACCCAACCUUCAAGCAACAAUUCGGUUGUCUCUACGUCAACUUCAAGCCAAAGACUGACCACCGUUUCGUCGUCUUCUCAUACAUCAAGCGUUUCAUCAUGGCAAUGAUCAUCGGUAUCUUGGCAUUCAACAUCGAACCAUCCUACCCAUUGUCAGGACAAGCCAAGGCCGUCCCAAUCGCCCAAUGUAUCAUUAUCUGUCUUGUCAUCGUGUUGUACGUUGUUUUGCUCGCCAUCCGUAAGCCAUACUUUGAUCACUACCACUUGUGGUUGGAGUACUUGUUGGCCGUCCUCAACAUCGUCUCGGUCGGUGUCUGUCUCUCACAUUUGAAGGAGCCAUCGGUUGCUGGUGAGUUGGUCGUCUGUGUAUUGCAAGCUUUGGCUUUGGUCGCUUGUAUUGCUGCAUACUUUAUCUCAUGGUUGCAAAUGCGUUCCAGUUUCCUCAACAAGAUUUCCAAUGUUUUAUGUUGUUGCUGCAAGGGUGACAAGGUCAAGAAGAACGAGGCUGAAUUGAAAUAA